CGACCAAGACAACACAAUGAAAACAACCAACGGAAAGAAGAACAAGCCACGUAACUCCCACUACUACUCAUUUUUUUUACAAAACCCUCGAUUAUAUAAUAAGUAAUAACCCUACAUAUCCAUUCGAUCGUACCAAAAGAAGGAAGCAAAGAAAAUGGUGUCAAUAGCUUUUCUGUUGCGACUCGAUCUAACGGUAACAACAACCAUCGCCAUCUUCUUCUUUGCUGUUUUGAGCUUCCCCGACGGGAAGAAUCCAGCAUGCAUUACUCCGGAUGACGAGCAUCUCUUCAACUACGCAUGUAACAAAGAAAAGCUGCCCGACACGUCGAAGAACGUGCAGAAAGACCUGCUGGACUUCAUCGACCGCAAGCUCCACUCGUACAAUUACGGCGGCAACCUCUGCGACACCGACACGCCCACCGGCGGCUUGGGGACGACAUUCGCCGUCUUUGGUGGUUGCAACGACAGCCGCAACGUAACGGAAUGCACGACUUGCCUGACGGGAGCGCGCGGCGUCGUUACUCAGAUUUGUCCUGAUGCGGUCGGGGCGCAGGCGUCGUCCAAGAUCUGUUGCGUUCGAUACGAGAAGUACGGAUUCUGUAAGUAAAUUAAACCCUGACUUUCUGACUCUGUUCGUCGAUUGGAGGUCACGUGGCCGGGGAGGAACUCGCGCAAUAAUAUAUUAAGUAUCGUACUCAAAAUCUAGUGAAAUUGGUCUCUUCUGUCUGUGAAUUAGGCGCAACACGCAAAUCAUCAUUUACGUGUGUGUUUUUUUUUAUUUUACUCUUUUGUAUUGUCGAUUUCGCGCGUGGUUACAGCACGUGUUUUUCCUUUCAGUAGCUUAAGUCUUUCCAAAGUGAUUUUGAUCUUUGGUUGUUGUUGUACUUCGCCCCAUCCCUAGGACAGUGUGUCUUAACACGUCGUCUAGGGGUACGGCUCAGACUCUCCAUCGGAGUCGCGUGUUGGAUUUGAUGGGUGAACUAAAAGUUUUAUUGAAAAGUCUGAAAUGUACGUCGCGUCGUCACGUUUCUUUCUAUGCAUACGUCGUUUAAUUUACUCGUGUUGUUGGAAAACACGCAAUAAACUUUUUUUGUUGUU